CUGCUAGUUGUCACUGUGACAGUAGAAUGAGAGCUCAUUUUUUGGGAAUGUGGAUAGAAUUUUGACGGAAUUUCUAUAAGCUUCGCGUGGCUAAAGUAGUGACCGGUAUUCUGGAUUAUCCAAAACAUGGAUGUGGAAGAGUGUCUCAAGGAAUGGGAGGAUUUGUCAGCGGACUAUAAGCGCCUCGAGACGGUAAAUAAAGAGUAUGUCACGAAGUUGGAGGAAGUGGGUGAGCUCCAGGCUACGUGCAUGAAGGAGAUCACUCACCAGAAGUAUCGUAUGUCUAUUAUCGCAAAUGCUCUCAAAAGAUUUGAUAAGAAGGGUAUUACAAAAGAUGAACGACUUGCCAAACUGGAAAAAGAGAUAAUGAAAAGAAAAGCCAUGCUGCAUGAAAUCAAUACCACACUGCCCAAACAGAACAGCCUGUAUCUCCGUAUUAUACUUGGAAAUGUCAAUGUUUCUAUUUUGAAUAAAAAUGACAAGUUUAAGUACAAGGAUGAAUACGAGAAAUUCAAACUGAUAUUGAGUGCAAUAGCAUUCGUUCUUGCUGUUGCAAAUUUGUACAUAGAUUUCAGACCGCUGCAACUGAUACUGAUAUUCUUGUUGGUAUGGUACUACUGCACGUUGACGAUACGCGAGAGCAUUCUGAAAGUGAACGGAUCGAGGAUAAAGGGCUGGUGGCGGCUUCACCACUUUAUUUCCACCAUUGUGUCUGGGAUACUCCUCAUUUGGCCCCAGAACGAGGCGUGGGAAGAGUUCCGGCACACGUUUAUGUGGUUCAUCGCUUACAUAAGUGUCGUUCAAUUCAUGCAGUUCAGAUAUCAAAGCGGUGUGCUAUACAGGCUGAAAGCUCUGGGAGCACGGCAUAACAUGGACAUUACCAUUGAGGGCUUCCACUCAUGGAUGUGGCGUGGAUUGUCGUACUUACUGCCAUUUCUGUUCGGCGGAUAUGUAUUCCAACUUUACAUUGCAUACACCCUGUAUAAUAUCAGCUUCCAUCGGAGUGCGACGUGGCAGGUGCCAGCUUUAAGCAUGUCGUUCCUGUCGCUCGGAAUCGGCAAUACGCUGACUACCCUCAUAGUGAUACCGCAGAAACUCAACGAGCAGGUGCCUUACCUAGCGGUUUUGUUCCUUAUGUUGCACUGUUUCAACAUGUACACAAUACUGCAGACUCUGAAAAAGAAAACGCAGAGUAGCAUGAAGCUCCGUUAUAGGUUGCGCGCCAUCGCAUACCGCCUCUCCAAUGAGCUCGCCGUGCUGGAACAAAAAUGGAGACAGAAUAAAUUGGAACCAAAAUCAGAAUAAUGUUUUAAUUGGUCUUUCUAAAUGUGAUUACUAAAACUGUUUUAAAUGAUGAAUGGUUAUUUCUCUAAUGAUUGUAUAAAUGAACUCAAUACAG